CCUGGCUCCCAGUCGCGGCCUCGUGGAGACCAGAUGGACAGGUUCCUGAUAAAGAGGACUCCGUCGGACCCUUUGGGAACGAGGGUGCGGGAAGAGGUGGCGGAAGACCAGGAGCGCGGCAGGAAAAGGCCCAGGAGAGCAGGUCCCGGGGCUGGGGGCGACCUGGCAGCCCCCCACUGGCAGCGAAUCCGAGCGGAGGGCCUGGACUGUGAUUACACGCUCCUGUUUGGCAAAGCCGAGGCGGAUGAGAUUUUCCUGGAGCUGGAGAGGGAAGUGGAAUAUUUCACAGGUGCUCUGGCCAGAGUGCAGGUGUUCGGGAAGUGGCACACGGUGCCCAGGAAGCAGGCGACCUACGGGGACGAAGGACUGACCUACACGUUCUCCGGCCUGACCCUGUCGCCCCGGCCCUGGCUCCCUGUUCUCGAGCGUGUCCGGGCUCGGGUCUCUGCGGUGACGGGGCAGACCUUCAACUUUGUGCUGGUCAACAGGUACAGGGACGGCUGCGACCACAUCGGUGAGCACCGGGAUGAUGAGCGGGAGCUGGACCCCGGGAGCUCUAUCGCCUCCGUGUCCUUCGGGGCCUGCCGGGACUUCGUCUUCCGCCACGGGCAGUCCCGAGGGAAGAAGCCCGCCCAGCGGCUGGCCGCGGUCAGGCUGCCGCUGGCCCACGGGAGUCUGCUUAUGAUGAACCCCCCGACCAACACGCACUGGUAUCACAGUCUUCCCGUCCGCAAAAAGGUGCUGGCCCCACGGGUCAAUCUGACGUUCCGUAAAAUCCUGACCACUAAAAAGUAAGAUAAAAAGGAAAAAAGGAAAAAUUGUUGUUUUGGGCCCUUCCUGGCUACGCUCAAGGCUUACCCCAGGCUCUGCGCUCAGGGGUCACGCCUGGGAUCUGGGGGGCCCGGGAUCGAACCUGGAUCAGCCGUAAGCAAGGGAAACACCCCUUACCCAGAUCACUCUGGCCCAUCAUCAGCUCUGUUCUCUUCCCCCUUUCUUCUCAGUCGGAAGACCGGUGGGCUUUCCUUUUGGAAAGGGGGCAGAAGUCUGGGCCAGCAGGCUGGGGCUUCCGAGAGCGCAGAACCUGCCAAGGCGACGUCAGGAGAAACUCCCAGUUGACGCUUUCCUAACAAAACGAUCCUUUUAUUGCCAAUUACACAGCAGGUACAAAAGGGGCCUUUCGCAGAUAUGUCCGUGAGCGGUUCUGAGGACAUAAACUCCUACUUUAGCUUAAGUUUUGUCUCCCUCCCCCCCAUAAAGCUACUCUGUAAAU